AUGUACCCGUAUCAUGAGAGCACCAUCUCCACAGCGUUGGUCACAGCCGUUGGCCUCCUCGUACCCAUCUUCUUUAUGACAGUGUGUGAAAAAUUCUCCACGCGACAACCGAAAUGCGAGUACGUUUGUGUGAUCGGUAGCAAGAAGAAGUACGUACCUCCGUGGAUUGGCCGGCUGUAUAGCACUGUGGGGAUCUUCGUCUUUGGCGCUGUUGUCACAAAGCUACUGACGGACGUUGCCAAGUACACCGUCGGGCGGUUACGGCCUCAUUUUCUUGACGUCUGCAAACCUGACGUGUCAACGUACAACUGUUCACAGGGAUAUAUAACGAAGUUCACCUGUACGGGAACGAAUAAAGAACUCAUUGAAGACGCAAGAUUAUCGUUUCUGUCGGGUCAUUCAUCAUUUGCCAUGUACUCUAUGUUAUAUCUGGCGUCUUCUUUCUUUCUAAUUUUUUUUCCUUCUUUCUUUCUAAAUUCUUUCUUUCUAAUUUCUGCCUCGUUUAUAUUGCAUCUUACAAUAUACGUUGUUUAUUUUCCUUCCUUCUGCUUUAUUCUUUCUUCGGCUUCUUUUUAUCAUUCUUUUGUAUAUUUUUUUUUUUUUUUUUUUUUUCAUCCACCAUUUUUUGUUGCACAUCUUUCACUUCUUUUACUUUUUAAUUGUUUUUAUUUUCCCCUUUUUCUUUCUUUCUUUCUUUCUGUUUUGUUUUUUUUUUGUUUUUGUUUUUGUUUUUUUGGCGGGGUGGGGAGGGGAUCCACUUUCAUUCUCUUUCAUUCUUUCUUCUGUUUCUUUUUUACCAUUCUUUUCUUUUUCUUUCUUUCUUUUUUCUUUCUUCCAUCCACCAUUUUUUUUUUUUUUUGUCGCACGUGCGGGGUCUCCUUUCAUUUUCAUUUCCUGAUUUCAUUCUCUUUCAUUCUUCAUUCUUUUCUUCUAUUUCUUUCUUUCUUUUUUCUUUUGCUGGACUUCCUUCAUCUUACAACUUACUAUCUUUCCACAUUUUUUCCUUUUAUUUUCUUUCUUCUUAUCAUUCAUUCUUUCGUGUUUUAUCAUCUUCUCUACUGCCGGACCAAAUUCCUUGCUUUCUUCUCGUUUUUCGCUUCUUGCUCCGUGUAUCUUUUUUCUCCUCAGAAUCGGAUUCCUAUUCUUUUUGUUCCUCUUCUCAAACUCGUUUGCUAUAACGGCAUUCAGUUCCCGGACAGGCAGCGUGUAAAAUAG